GUCCCUUAACACUUAGUGUGUGUUUGGCACCACUUUUUUCUCCUCAAAACGUGGGUUGCUUUAUGGAAACACCGUUUUGCUCUUUUCAUGCUGUUUGGAUGACUGAAAAAGCAAUUUUGUGAAACGCGUUUUUGUCUCCAAAACUCAGUUUUCAUGAAGCUGAGAUUCAUAGCUUCUAGCUCAAAUCAAAAUCACUUUUCAACCUUUAAUUUCUCAAGGGACAAGUACUUACCUAAUUACCCCUAAAUUCAAGCCUUCAAUUUUUCUUUCUCCCAGUUUUCUUCCUUUUCAUUACUUCACAUCACUUCAACCUUCAAUUUUCUGCUACUUGGGAAGAUUUUGCAAAUCCAAGCUUUCAAUUUUCUUCAGAUUUUCCUCUAUUUUUUCAGAUUUUGUGGUUAAUCUCAUUACUCAUGGUAGAUGUGUUGGUUGGGUGAAUUUAUUCCUUCAUCUUUCCCCCUAUAUAUGAUGCUUAUGAGCUACUUGUGAGAAUCAUUUCAUUGUUCUGCCAAGGCCUAAAGGCAAGUGUGUACUAGUUUGUGCUAAGCUGCAAAAGGAUGUACUUUAUGUAGAUGUGUUGAAGAUUGGGACUACAACAAAAUUAUCAUCUGUGUCAGGUCCACUUUAUUAAAAUGAAUGUUUGGAAGGAACAAUUGGAACACAAUACACAAGAAGAAGAAGAAGAUGAUGAUACAUUUGAAGAAUCCUAUAUUUUGGCUGCACUACUUGGUGAGUAUGCAACAAAAUAUUUAUGCAAAGAGCCAUGUAGAACUAGUGAGCUCACAGGUCAUGCAUGGGUUCAAGAAAUAUUGCAAGGGAAUCCCACUCGUUGUUAUGAGAUGUUUCGAAUGGAAAAACAUAUUUUUCAUAAACUUUGCCAUGAAUUGGUGGAACAUGAUUUAAAGUCUUCUAAACAUAUGGGGGUUGAAGAAAUGGUUGCAAUGUUUUUGGUCGUUGUAGGCCACGGUGUCGGUAAUAGAAUGAUUCAAGAAAGAUUUCAACAUUCGGGUGAGACUGUAAGUAGACAUUUUCAUCGUGUACUUCAUGCAUGCCUUAAGUUGUCCUUCAAAUAUAUUAAACCCGAAGAUCCUAUGUUUUGUGAAUGUCAUGCCAAAAUUAAAAAUGAUCAACGUUAUUGGCCUUUUUUUAAGAAUGCUAUAGGAGCAAUUGAUGGUACACAUGUGUCAUGUGUAGUUAGUGCUAGUGAGCAACCAAGGUUUAUUGGAAGAAAAGGAUAUCCAACACAAAAUAUUAUGGCUGUAUGUGAUUGGAAUAUGUGUUUCACUUUUGUAUUAGCUGGUUGGGAAGGCACUGCCCAUGAUGCCCGUGUUUUUGACAAAGCUCUUACUACCGCUAACCUUAACUUUCCGCAUCCUCCUCAAGGUAAGUAUUAUUUGGUAGAUUCUGGUUAUCCAACACCAAUAGGGUACAUUGGUCCAUAUAGAUGUGAACGUUAUCAUCUUCCUGAAUUUAGACGUUCAAGUGGGUUCGAAAAUCAUAAUGAAGUAUUCAAUUACUAUCACUCAAGUUUAAGAUGCACAAUUGAAAGAACUUUUGGGGUAUGGAAGAAUAGAUUUGCAAUUCUGCGUAGCAUGCCUAAGUUCAAAUAUGAGACACAAGUUCAUAUAGUUGUCGCAACAAUGGCAAUACACAACUUUAUUAGAAGGAGUGCUGAAAUGGAUGUUGAUUUUAAUCUUUAUGAAGAUGAAAAUACAGUCAUUCACCAUGAUGAUGAUCAUAGAUCAACUAACUUGAAUCAAUCCCAAAGUUUCAAUGUAGCUUCUUCUUCAGAGAUGGAUCAUGCUCGAAACUCAAUCCGCGAUCAAAUUAUAGCGUAUAAGCUAAAUAAUUAAAAAUGUAAUAAUUUUCAAUAUUAUAUUGCACUUGAACUUAUAUUAUCUAUUAUCUAUCUAUUUGUAAUAUAUUUUAGUUUACAA